AUGAGCGAUUUAAUAGAACAAUUUGGAGGAUGUCAUUGUGGUCAAGUAAGAUACAGUGUUCAAACACCAGAGCAAAUUGAAGUGGUUGAUUGUAACUGUUCAAUCUGUACAAAGAAAGGAAUAAUUCACUUCAUUGUACCAAACAGUAAAUUCAAACUUUUGCAAGGAAAGGAAAAGAUAACAACUUAUACAUUCAAUACACACGUAGCACAACAUUAUUUUUGCAGUGUCUGUGGUAUUUGCACUCAUUACAUUCCAAGAAGUAAUCCAGAUGGUGUCGAUGUAAACAUAAGAACACUUGACAACUUUGAUCUCUCUAAAUACACUGUCAAGCCAUUCGACGGUCAAAAUUGGGAGAGUGGUGCUUCUGAAUUGGCACAUCUUUCAAAAUAA